AUGGAAGAUAAAACCAACAAUAGCUCAUAUUUUAGUUCGCUAUUAGAAAAAUAUAUAUCUGAAGAGAAUGGAAAAAACAUUCAAAUUGAACCAAUUCAAAUAUGUUCAUAUUUAGACGAAAAUUUUUAUAAUGAAUCGUAUUUAAAAAAUACAGAAGCAUUAAAGGAACAACUAAAAAAAGAAAAAGAAAUUAUAAUUAAUUUGAUUGAAAGAUUAAAUAAUAAACUAUCAUUAAACAAACUUUUCAACGAAAGCUCGAUGAGCAUGAAUCAGCUAGUGGAUUUAUCAGAUAAAAGAAAAGUGGUAUCAAGUGAUUUAGAAAAACAAUUUCAACAAACAUCAAUCGACAAUUUAAUAAAAUAUACAAAAUUAAUUAACCAAUUAACUAGAAUUAAAAAAUAUUUUCAAAUUUUAUUAAUAAUAAAUAGUUUUUACACCAAAGUUAAAUUUUGUAUCAAAAAUGAUUUAUUAUCAUUAUCACUCAAACCAUUUAUAAACUUAAUAGAAUUACAAAACAAUUUAAAUAAUUUAAAGGUACCAAGCGGCCCAAAAUUAAUUAAUAACGAAUAUGAAAUUACUGAUCAAAUAUUCCCACACCUAACCAAAGUUGUAGAUCAUGUAGUAGGUGAUACAUUAUCAAUAUUGGAAAAAAAAAUGAAGCAGGCUUUAAAUCAAUCACUAAAGGAUAUAAACUGGCUAAGCUUAACAAACUCGGCAAUUGGCAGUUCCUCAACUAGCACCUCUAGCACAGCUAUCGAAUCAAAUGAAGAGCUUAUAAAGCAAAUUAAUAAUGAAAAAGAUCAACAGCAACAAGAAAUCCUCAACAACAAAUUAAAAACUCGUAAUAACUUUAUUAAAAAUUUUACCAAUUUAAUUUUAUUACAACUAGCUGUUCAAAAAUAUAAUUCAAAAAUUAAAAACAAUGAUGAAAAAGAUCAACUAAAUAAUGAUAGUAAUAGCAUAAAUAAUAAUAAUAAUGAAGCCAAUAUUAACAACACCAAUGAAAAUAUUAACAAUACGGAAAUAAAUGAAAAUAUUAACAAUAAUGAAAAUAAUGAAGAACAAGCAACAAUAACAUCAUCGCCAAACCAAGAUGAAAAUAAAAAUAAAAAACAAGAAAAAACUAAUAAUGACUAUACAAAAUUAUGGGCAAUCAAUAUAAUACUAUUACCAAUUGUUAGAGGAUUUAAAUAUCAUUUCCAAAGCGAUAGGGUUACUAAUUUUAUAGAGAAACCAGAGUGGGCCAUUCAUUAUAUCAAAAAGAUUAUUAGAGAAUAUUCAAAAUAUCUAUGCCUCCUUCAAGAUGAGUUAGAGAAUAACAAUGUUUAUUAUAUCGAUGUACAUCAAUGGUUUAUAUCUGGAUUGGUAGAGACUGUUAAAAACAAAUUCAGAAGCGAGAUCAAAUUAUUCUUACAAAGACCAGACCAUUACAAACGAUACUUUUAUCACACAAUGGAGCAAAUCGUAGAUCUUCAAAGAUUCUUAUUGGAAGAGUAUGCCUAUCCAAACUCUAUCGAAUUUGGUAAUGUUAAAGGUGGCAUUGAAAUGGGUCUUAUUAAUGAUGUUGACAAAAUACCUGUACCAUUUUCAAUAUUUCAAGAAAAAGAAAUUUUUAAUAGCUGGUUAGAACUAGAGAUUGAAAAUUGUGAUCAACAUUUCCAAGCACUUUAUAACAAUGAAGAGAGAUUCCAACUCUACUAUCGUGAUGAAUUCCCAGAUUUAGAUCAACUAAAACCAACCAACUCUGCAUACGAACUAAUAAGUAUUCUAGCAUCACUCACCGAACGUUAUCAACUUUUGACUGAUGUAAAUUCACAGUUUGAAUUCUUUAUUAAAAUUCAAAUCAACUUACUAUUACGUUACAAAAAUGAACUAAAGACAGUAAUCUCGAUUCUCUUAAGCGACGGCGAUCAAAAUCUCAAAGAGCUCUGCUACCUUUUCAAUAGUUUAAAUUACAUUAUCAAGGUGUUACAAGAUUGGGAUAACGAAUUAAUAUUUAUUGAAAUUUACGAAUAUAUGAAUAAAAACCAAAGCUCACUUCUCAACGAUGAAAAUUACUCCACCCUUUCAAAUAGCUUAGCAAAUAAAGAAGAUGAAGACUACUCUGCAUUCUCUGUCAUGAUUUCAGAUUACAAACAAUUAUUAAAAUCUUUAAAAAAGAAACUUGUUAAAGAUUUGUUUAUAAAUUUCAUUUCGAAAAUUGGUAGCUAUUUAAAAAGAGGCACUUUUUCAAAUCAAAUUAUAUCAGGUACCAGUGGCAGUGGCAGCAGUAUCUCCUCCUAUUCGAAAAAUAUAUUUAGCUUUUCAAAUUUCAAUAAACAAAAAUCGAAACUAUUUAAUGACCAACCAUCAAACCAACAAAAUAAUCAAGAAAAUAAUGAAGAUGAGAAUAAAAAUAAUAAUGACGAAAAAGAUAAUGAUAAAUCAGAUAAUAAACAAGAUAAAAAAGACAGCAACAAUACCAAUAAUACCAAUAAUAAUAAUAAUAAUAGAAUUAUAAAUAGUGAAGAUUACGCACAAUUUGAUGUUUCCAAUGAAAUUUCAAAUGGACUUUCAUCAUUAAGAUAUCAACUAGGUAUAAUUUAUAGAUCUUUAACACCAACUAAACAACCAUCAGUUUGGAAAAGAUUAUUAAUCAAGAUUGACAAAUAUUUAUUCGAUUUAUUAUUAAACUAUCAACCAAAAUUCACCGAAAAUGAUGGUAAACAAUUUUCAAAAGAUAUCAAAACCUUAUUAUUAAUUUUUAAUUCAUUUUCAAAUUCACCUGAAAACUAUAUGAAAAAAAUCAUUGAAUCAACCAUUUUAUUAAGAUUAAGCAAUCAAGAAUUUAAUCAAUUCAAGGAUGAUUUUACAAAUAAACUAAAGGUAAAUCUUGAAGAAGAAUUAUUACAAAAAUAUCAAAUUUACAACUUAUCAAAUGAUCAAAUAAAUACUUUACUUAAAUUAAGGAUUUAA